AUGCAUCUCUCCCUCCCCUCCAUCCUCCUCCUCUUCCCACUCCUCUCCCUCGCCGCUCCCCUCCCCUCAACCCUCAUCAUAUCCGUCCUAGACGCCUCUACCGGCGCGCUCCUCGGCACCCUCAACGGCCACGGAAACUUCUCCUCCCCGGGCCCUUCAUACCCAUACCGCUCUUUCCCCGUUGCGACUGGGAGCGACGUCUCGAGACUGCAGAGUUAUGGUGCCCCUGGAUGUACUGCUGCGAGUGGUGUGCUGAACUGCGAUGCUGGACAGAGCGAAGGGGGUCGGUUUAUUAGUAUCGAUGGUAAAGUCGCGCUCGAAGGAACAGAUGGCGUUUGGUCUGUUGAUGCGAGGGAUGAUGCUGCGGGCGGUGUUGAUCGAUUUGGGCUGAAGGUUGGGAUUCCGGUUUUCGUAGGCGAUCGAGGGGGAGUGGGUAUUCCGGUUGUGUUGAGUUCGAGAAAGGCUAGUGGAUAG